AUGCCUAAACAUAUUUUCUUUGUCUCGUUGAUAUCGAGAGAUAACCGUCCAUUACAUAUACAAUCUUUGACACCUUUCCAAGGUGAAGAAUCAAUAAUAAGUGAAAGAGUAGAUGAUCAAACAAAACCAGUAGUGGAAGGAGAUGCUAAAUCUCAAAAAUCUGGAGAAACACAUACCCUUGUUGAUGAAUUGAGUGAGAAUGAAAUACUCAAAUAUCAAUUUUUAUCAAAUAUGGCUUUAGAUAUAUUUUUAUCACCAUUCUUUGAAGGUGAACAAGGUAUACCCGUGUUGCUGUUUAUUCAAGAUGGUAUAAAUAUAUAUGGAUAUGAAACCAAUACUGGAUUGAAAAUAUUAAUUGGAUCCUCAUCAGAAAUUGAUGAAUCAUUUGGAUUCAUUUUCAAGAAACUUCAUAGAUUAUAUUUGAACUUGAUUGUUAAUCCGUUUCAAAGCAAUGACUUGUCACAACUAACGAUCAAUGAGGAAAAGACGACGCUGAAAGUGAAUCAAAUCAUUGAUGAAUGGGACAAGAAAUACAAUACAGAGUAA